AUGGUCGGUGUACCAACAAGCAAAGGAUGUCUCCUGUGCCUCCAGCGAAGCGUCAAGUGCGACGAAGAGCGACCGAGCUGUGCCCAGUGCCGAAGAGGCGGGCGAAGUUGCCCUGGCUAUGUACGACAGAUGAAGUUCGUGGACGAAGGGCCCAAAAUACGGCGAAGCACACGAAAGGAUAAACUUUCUAUAAGAGCGCUAUCACUAAAGACAGCUGUUGGUCGUGCCGACCAAGAUAAUGGCGAUGCCAUUCGCCGCUACCGAAUAGCAAAGCCUGAUGUUAGGGACCAGCCAAGCAGCUUGAAAGCGGAGCGAGACCAAAUCCUCUCUUCCUUCGUGUCAGCCAUGUUUCCGCUAGGGUCCGCCACGGUGCAGACUUCGUUUCUCGGCAGCUGGCUAUGGCAUCUUCCACCUCGCUUGGGUAGCAGCGCAGUUCUGGACUACGCUGCCUUGUCAGUAUCCUGGUCUUACUUCGCAAAGCUAUAUGGUGAUCCCCUCGCACUGAGGAAAGCCGAGAAUGCUUAUGCUUGUGCUGUGAAAGGUCUGGCUUUGGCUCUUGGCGAUGAGAAGCGGCAGCUUAGUGAGAAUGUGCUCUGUGCAACAGUCCUUCUUGGGCACUUCGAGACUUUUGUUAAUGUUAGUUAUGCGUGGAUACGGCAUGCCGGCGGUGCUGCUCGACUUAUGCAGCUUCGGGGUGCUGAGCGGUGUUAUGAGUCUGCGUUCGAGUACUCAAUGUUCCUUGCAUGUCGUGGGGCAAUCGUUAGUCUAACCUCUGUAACCUACGAUGUAACUACUGAUACUAUCUUUCUAGAUCUCUGA